UGGUCGUUCUCAUCGCACCCUGAUGUCUUUGCUGCAUCCGCCGCAUCAGGUUCCUGUGCAGCGGCAGACUCCUGCUUUUGCUCCUGGCGACGUUGUCUAUUAUCGCAACUAUCGCGGUUCACAGCGUUGGCUCGCAGGGCGCAUUCUUCGCUGCCUCGGCCGCGCGAUGUAUUUGGUUUUGGGGGCCUCUGGUGAGGUGCGUCGGCAUCUCAAUCAGCUGCGCCUCUGUCGUCGCCUGGGUUCUGCCGCUCCCCGUCUGCUUUCAGCGACGGAGCCGUCCGGUCAGCGCCCUGGGGACCCAUCUACUGGCUCGCCUCAUCCCCAGGUGUUACCGACGAUGCCGUCCAUUUUGCCUCAUGGCGUCGCGCCGCCGCAGCCGCCGCCGGCGCCGCCAGCAGCGGCCGCUUCGCUGCAACCGCAUGGCGCCUCCCUGGGUCACGCGCCGCCGCUUGCUUCCCGUGACCAGCCGUCCUCCGCCAUGGACUUCUUGCCCGCUCCGGACCAGAUGUCGUCUUCGCCCGUCGGGUGCUCCGACCACAUGGAGGUCGACCCUUCUGUCUCAUUACGUGCGCAUACACCUCAUGUUGACGUGCACCCUGGACUAGGUUUGCAGGCGUUUCCUAGCUCCCCUCGGACCGAAUGGCCGGGUGCGGGUGGCACAGCCUCGCCUGUUGUUAGGCUCCCCACCUCAUCGCAUACGUCAACAUGGGGUCCUCCCCACGGCGGGCGGAAGCCUUAUCUCACGACCGUUCGCCGAUUUGCGGGGGAGGAAUGUGGUGUCACCGCUAGACACCACACUUGCUAGGUGGUAACUUAAAUCGGCCGCGGUCCUGUAGUACAUGUCGGACCCGCGUGUCGCCACUGUGUAUUCGCAAACGUAGCGCCACCACAGGGCAGGUCACAAGACACGGACAUGACCUCGCCCCAGUUGUACGGACGACAUAGCUUGCGACAAGACGUAUCACGUCUUCCUCUCAUUUGCCGAGAGACAGAUUAAAUAGC